AAAAUAAUUGAAAAAUCUCCAAAGAAAAUAAAUUCACCGGAAAAAAUAUUGAAAAAAUCCCCUGAGAAAAUUGAAAAAUCUCCAACAAAAAAACUAAUUAUUAAUUCACCGGAAAAAAUAAAGAAAUCUCCUGAGAAAGUGAAACAAAAAACGCCGAAAAAAUCUUCAGAAAUUGUUUUAGAGAAUAAAGAAAAAUCACCAUUAAAGAAGAAUGAAGAAAAUAAUUCUACAGAAACCAGUGAUUCAUCAUCGGCGGAAAAAGGAAAAGACGACGAAUUAGAGAGAAAAAUAAGUCGACCAGUUGUGACAAAAAUUGAAAUUUUCAAAGAUAAAAUUUCCCUGAAUCAAUUGCUGAAUGAAAAGAAAAUUUUAUUGCAAUCAAAAGAAAAAACAAAUUCCAAAUUGGAAAUUAAGAAAACAAAGAGUCCCUUAAAAUCUGUAAAUAAAAUUUCCGUUCAAGAUUUCCUGCAAUUAUCGACAAAAUCAAGUUCACCACUUUUCAGAAAACUUGAUGAGAAUCUUCGAAAAGAAAGCAAACGAAAGAAGACACUUCCAGCAUUUAUAAUGAAUCAAACAAGCAGUGAAGAUGAGGAGGAAACAUUCGUGCCUGAAAAAUCACGUACUCCCAAAUUAUUGUCACUUUUAAAUGAUUUCAAAGAAGAAGAAGAAGAAGAGAAGAAUCCAAUUAAACAAAAAAAGAAGAAACGAAAAUAUUCGGAAAAUAGUGAAGAAAUUUUUGUCAUCAAAGACAAGAGUCAGAAGAAAAAGAAAUUAAGAGACAUGGAAGAAGAAAAAGAGACGGAAAACAAGAAAUUGAAAAUUAAAAACAAAACGGAAUUUGAAGAUUCGGUAGUGAGUGUCAAGAAAGAAAAGAAGAAGAAGAAGAAAGAAAAGCAGAAAAUAUCUGAUGAUGACGAAAUAGAAGCUGAAAUUGCAUUAAAAGAGAAAAAAUUGAAGAAGAAAAGGAAGGAAGAGAUAGAAAGGAAGAACGAAACAAAAACAGAAGGAGAAGAAGAAAUUAAUUGUGAUAAACGAAAGAAGAAAAAGAAGAAAUCGAAAAAUAGAGAGAUUGCAGAUAAACAUCAAGAAGAAGAAAUUAUAGAUCUAGAGGAGAUUGAAACUGAAGAAAUAGUGUAUGAAAUUUGUGACAAACCAAAAAAGAACUCAAAGAAAUCGAAAGUAAAGGAAGAAGUUUCGGAGAAAGAAAAGAAUAAAGAAAUCGAGAAUCUUAAGAAGCAGAAAAUUGAAGAAACAGUGGAUACGAAUUGCGAGCAACGAAGAAAGAAAAAGAAAUCGAAAAUAGAUCACGAGACACCAGAAGACAAUCAACUGGAUAAAGAAGAUAAACAAGAAAUAAUUGACACGAAUAGCGAAGCAAGAAAAAAGAAAAAGAAGUCGAGAACUGAUUCAGCAGACAAGGAAGUUGAAAAUCUAAUUGAAAUCGAAAUUGUCGACUGCGAGAAGCGAAAGAAGAAAAAGAGGAAAAUGUCGACGAGAGAAAACGAAGAAAACGUAGAUAUUAAUUCAAUGAACGAAAAUAAAGCGGAAGUAGUUGUAAAUAUCAAGAAAUCAAAAUCUAAAAAAGAAAAAUCUAGACAAGAAGAAAAGAAAGACGAUCACAUGAUUGUAAAAAAAGCAAAAAGUGAUAAAACGACUGACGUAAUUUCGAGAAAAAAGACAAAAACGGAUUCCUCUAAUGUAAAUAAAAAGAAUCCUACAAAAGAAGUUGAAAAUGAGAAAAUAAAGAAAACUCAACUUUUCCCCGAAUACGAUAAAUGGUGUGUUGAAGAUUUCGAUUCACAAAAUGAUAAAAAACCAAUAAAUCCCGGAUCUCAAGUUGAAAAUUUAUCUCAUCAUCGUAAACAUAAAUCAAAGAAGCAAAAAACCGAAAGCAAUGAAACAAAAAGUCAACUUACUGAUGAGGAACCUCGACUUGAAAAGAAAUUUAAAUCAGAGAAAAAAACGAAAAUCAUCUCUGAAUUAAAACGAUUAUCUCCCGAUGUCAUCGCAAGUAUUUCAGAUUGUCCCCCAAAACGUAAAAAGUUUGAAUCGAAAACCGCUUUAUCGCAAGACAGUGACAAAGCUCAAGAAUCCAAGAUAAAAACAAAGAAGAAUAAAAAACGUCAAAUGAAUUCCUCAACUGAAUCGAAACAAGAACAAGAUUCGAGAUUUGAAGCAGAAAAACCAAAGGAGCUUGAUAAAGAAAAGAAAACGGAGAACUUUGAUUGGAAUAAAAUUAUCGAGAAACAAUUAAACAAGAAAGAAAAGAAUGAAAAAGCCUCUCUUCAAAAUAAAAAGAAACAAGCAAAAAAGACAUUUUCCGAACAAGUUUCAUCAAAGCAGACUAAUUUCAAUCAUAGCAAACAAAACAAGAAAUCGAAGAAAAUGGAGAAGGAGAGAAGAGGACAAUUCGCCAGUCAAGUGAAGCAGGACAAAGAGAAGAAAAACGAUGAUGUGACUAUUAAAAAAAUACCUCAACAAUCAGUUAAGAGCAAUUUAUUGAAUGUAAAUUCACUGAAAAAAAAUAAAAAUGAAGAAUCAGAAUCCAAUACAAGAACAUUGAAAAAGAAAUUAAAACAGAUUUGCUCCGAAAGACCGACGAUGAUUUUCAAUCCGAAGAAAUGAAAAUUAAAAGAUACAUACGAAUUCCAAAAUAUUUAUUGUAAUUCCAAAUGAUCGCCUUAGACGUUAAAAAAUAUCUUGUUUUUUUAUUUUAUGAUUCUUAGUUAGUUAGUGACUAAAUCAAUGUAAUUGGUUAACAUAAAUAAUUUUUCAUUCAUACAUUUAAAAAAAAAAAAAAAAAACUAUUUUUCUAAUUCGUUUAAUGAAUGUACAUUGACCGGGUGAAUAACCGGCUAGUUAACAGAAACAAUGUUGCCAUAAUUUUUCUGUAAAAAGAAUUCGUAUUUAAUAAAUAUUUAUAAUUAUACUGUUU